AGGAGGUGUUUCUAUUUCUGAAGAAAUCCUCCCGGACGGAUUCAGGCAAAAACGGUGUGGUGUAUUCCCGUCACCCUACACCGCUCCACGAUGAUCCGGUUCAUCCUGAUUCAGAACCGAGCCGGCAAAACUCGACUAGCGAAAUGGUACAUGAAUUUCGACGACGACGAGAAACAGAAGCUUAUCGAGGAAGUCCACGCAGUAGUGACAGUUCGAGAUGCCAAACACACGAACUUCGUCGAGUUCCGAAACUUCAAGAUUGUUUACCGACGGUACGCCGGCUUGUAUUUCUGUAUCUGCGUUGAUGUCGGCGACAACAACCUGGCGUAUCUAGAGGCAAUACAUAAUUUCGUUGAGGUCUUGAACGAAUAUUUCCACAAUGUGUGCGAGCUGGAUCUCGUCUUCAAUUUCUACAAGGUUUACAGCGUGGUAGACGAAAUGUUUCUCGCGGGUGAAAUUCGAGAAACGAGUCAAACCAAAGUUUUGAAGCAACUCCUGGUCUACAAUUCCCUGGAAUAGAUGAAUGCAUCGAUAUGGUUGUACGCGUGAAUUAUUUUCGCAUCCAUUCUAGAACAUUAUAUGAUGAAUACGAACACCAUGGUUCCGACACCAGGUGUUCCCUAAUAACCUAACAUACUGGCAACGGUUGCGGCAGUCUUUCAAGGGCGACUUCGGACGUUCCCCGAACUGUGUUCUCGGCGGAGUUUUGUUCAGAAGGAGAGAUUUGGAUGAAUGAAACUCGGUGUAUUAGAAGCAAUAUUACGUUACGGUCAUCGAAUGCCUAAAAUCUCAGAGAGCCGUUGCCACUGACAUUUCCUCUGUACAAAAUAAACGACUCAGAACUUA